AUGAGUCGAAUCAAGCUGACUCACAAGCUGAAACUUGAGGCUUCAGGCUCAACUCGAACGGCGAUACAGAUAUCGGGACAACUUAUCAAUCGAGUUGAUAUUGGUGUACAUAGCUCUGAAGUCGAGAGCAUAGUACAACCCAAACUCAAAGAGGAAAAAAAUGCGAUCACCAAAACACUCGAAAUGUUAUUCACUGAUGAACACAAGAAAUUAACCAAAGAUGCAGAGAGCUGGAUGAAAAGCACAGCAGGAUCAAGCAUGAUAGUAGGCACUCUAAUUGCUGUUGUAAUGUUCACAACAGCUUUCACAGUACCAGGUGGUAAUAAAGAAAACUCAGGAUUGCCAACAAUGCUGGAAACUCAAAGAACUCCAUUCUUGAUUUUCAUGAUUUCAAAUGCCUUGUCAAUGUUCAGUUCAAGUACGUCGCUGUUGAUGUUCUUAGGAAUUCUUACGGCCCAUUAUGCAGAAGAAGAUUUUCUCAAGUCUUUACCGACGAAAUUAAUAUUUGGAUUGACAUGUUUGUUCUUUUCGAUUGUUACAAUGAUGCCAUCCUUUGGUUCUGCAUUGUAUCUGAUUCUACAUGAGAAGUUGUCUUGGGUUACCAUUCCGAUCAUCAUCCUUUCAACGAUUCCGAUAGUUCUUUGCUCCAUCUUGCAAUUCCCUCUCUUGAUUGAGAUGACAUAUCAGACUUAUGGAUCUGGGAUAUUUGAUAAACCUAAGAAGAAAUCCUAUUUUGCUAAGUUCCCAGCAUGUUUGUUCGUUUCGGUCUCUGUCAUUUUAAUUGUUGAUGUAUCCAUGGUGUUUUUUCAUAUGAAUUCAACUUGCUGGAAUGUUUUCCUUAUAGCCACAUGGCACGCCAUUGUUGAAUUCUAUUUCGCAUGUUGCAGUAUUUUAUAA